GGUUAUGAAGGUUCACUGAUUAAGUUAACAUCAAAACAGCCUGUCGGGUUUGUAACUUUUGACAGUCGUUCUGGAGCUGAAGCUGCAAAAAAUGCACUUAAUGGUAUCCGUUUUGACCCCGAAAGUCCCCAGACCCUGCGCUUAGAGUUUGCUAAAGCCAACACGAAGAUGGCAAAGAGUAAGCUGAUGGCCACACCGAACCCCACAAAUAUCCACCCCGCUCUAGGAGCUCACUUCAUUGCACGGGACCCAUCUCUGAUCCCGGCCUCCCCGGAUGCCUGGACCCCGUACCCCCUCUACACCACGGAGCUGACCCCCGGCCUCCCCCACGCCGCCUUCAGCUACCCGGCGGCCGCCGCCGCCGCCGCCGCCGCCGCCGCGCUGCACGCCCAGGUGAGGGACCCCCCGAUGCGCUGGUACCCUACUCCCUCCGAGACUUCCCAGCCUGGAUGGAAGUCACGGCAGUUUUGUUAG